AUGGCUCUCAACCCCCUAGCUUCACUCCCUAUUUGCAAUUUCCCAAUUGAAGCUUUCCCAUCUAAAGGUCCCAUCCAUCUCAAAUCACUUGUAACAAGCAGAAGUGGCAUUGUUCCUGUUGGUCCUGUCCAAUGCAUGGCCAACAGCAAAAUUUCAAAGAGCACAGAUAUUGUUCGGAGAUCUGCAAAUUACCAAGCUCCUAUUUGGGACUAUGAUUACAUCCAGUCACUGAGAAGUGAAUACGUGGGAGAAGUGUACACAGGGAAAAUUAACAAGUUGAAGGGACAAGUGAGGAUGAUGCUUCAAAAAGUGGUGGAUCCUUUAGAGCAACUGGAGCUGAUAGAUAUCUUGCAAAAACUAGGAUUGUCUUAUCACUUUGAGUGUGAAAUGAAGAGAAUGUUGGAAGUUCUAGACAACAAUGAUCAUGGUGAUGAGUGGAAGAUGGAGAAUUUAUAUGCAAUAGCUCUUAAAUUUCGACUGCUUAGACAACAUGGAUAUAGGGUGUCUGAAGAAGUUUUUGAUAGUUUCAUGGAGGAAGGGAGUUUCAAGGGAUAUCUUUGUGAUGAUACCAAGGGAAUUCUAUCCUUGUAUGAAGCCUCAUUCCUUUCGUUAGAAGGUGAAAAUAUCUUAGAGGAAGCAAGAGAAUUCUCAGAAAAACAUCUCCAAGAAUUUAUCAACCAGAAUAAAGAUCAAAAUCUUUCUAUCAUCGUGAGCCAUGCCUUGGAGCUUCCACUACACUGGAGGAUAUCAAGGGUGGAAGCGAGGUGGUUCAUUGAUGUAUAUAGGAGCAGAGAAGACAUGAACCCUGUCUUGCUUGAGCUUGCAAAACUGGAUUUCAACAUGGUGCAAGCAACCCACCAAGAAGAUAUCAAACAACUGUCAAGGUGGUGGAGGAGCAUUGGCCUUGCAGAAAAGUUGAGCUUUGUGAGGAAUAGGCUAACAGAGAGUUUCUUCAGGACAGUGGGGUGUACAUUUCAUCCUCGAUUUAGUUAUUCUCGAAGAAUCUCAACAAAGCUCAAUCUACUCAUUACGGUAAUAGAUGAUAUCUAUGAUGUGUAUGGCACUUUGGAUGAACUUGAGCUCUUCACGAAUGCUGUUGAGAGUUGGAAUAUCAAUGCAAUGGAUGGGCUCCCAGAUUACAUGAAGCUAUGUUUCCUUGCUCUACACAAUUCAGUUAAUGAAAUGGCUUUUGAUACACUUAAGGAACAAGGAUUCCACAUCAUUCAAUAUUUUAAAAAAGCAUGGGUAGAUAUAUGUAGAGCUUAUUUGUUGGAAGCAAAGUGGUACUAUAAUGGAUAUACACCGAGCCUUCAAGAGUACCUUGAGAAUGCAUGUUUUUCAGUAGCAGCACCAAUUAUACUAUUGAAUGCUUAUUUUUCAGUCGCAGAUCCAAUAACAAAGGAAGCCUUAGAUUUCUUGGAAGAAUGCCCCAACAUAGUCCGUUACUCAUCAAUAAUUGUACGACUUGCAGAUGAUCUUGGAACAUCUACAGAUGAGUUAGAAAGAGGUGAUGUCCCUAAAUCAAUCCAGUGUUACAUGAAUGAAACUGGUGCUAGUGAAGAAGAUGCCCGUGAAUACAUUAGAUAUUUGAUUAGUGAAACAUGGAAGAAGAUGAAUGAAGAACGAGAUGCAACUUCUACCUUGGCUGAAACAUUUAUUGAAAUUGUAUUCAACCUUGGAAGGAUGGCUCAGUGCAUGUACCAGUAUGGAGAUGGGCAUGGAGCUGGAAACCAUGAAACUAAGGAUUGUUUAUCAUCAUUAUUUGUUCAGCCCAUUCCAAUAUAUAAAGAUCAAUAUGAUGAAUUAUUGACAUAUAAGGAUGCAGAUUUGAAGUUUUAA